AUGGGCGAUUCACGUAAAAAAAAGCCACUACAGACUAUUCUCUUCCCCAAACCUACUCACAUAGACGCUAGUGUAGGAUCCUAUACUAAGCGUAACCCAUUCUAUGAAGCUCGACUUCCCCCAUUAAAAACGUAUGCUCAUGAUAAUCAAGAAGAAGACUCUUUGUUAAAAGAACUCAAUACAAUCCUCAGUAAACCAUCUAUAUCUUUGCCUCCACUUGGGAAAAAAACGCCGUCUCCAGGUUUUGUCCAAAAGCAUCAAAUUGAGCGCCCUCCAAGUCUAAAAAUAAAUCCUAUAGUUCAUGAUGAAAAAUUCCAGGAAUUGAACUCUUCAUUGAGUACUUGUGGAAGCUCUGAAAAUUCCAGUUUUGUGUGUUUGUUGUAA